AAUCGGUACACUUAAAAAGAAGUUUUGAAAUAAUUGACUAUUAGAUCAUGUACAAAAUGUAAUUUUUUUAAAAAAACAUUUUAUGAUAUGAAGUAUUUUAAUGUUACUUAUAAUUGCUUUAUUUUUUUUAAAAAUAUAAAACGCAGUUUUGUAUUUAUAGGUUUAAUUUGUAACUUUGUAGAGUUAAUUUAUCAAUAUGGAUUAUAACUAUAGGUAGUUGAACAGGGCAAGGAAAGUAUUAUGGCUGCGAAAAAUACUGUUAAAUAUAUUUCUGCGAGAAGGAAAACAGCGAAGCCGAUUACAUUCUGUGUUAAACGAGAGAGAAAUGCAUUGUUCAAGAAGGUCACAGUGAUAGUGCAGAAGCCAGAGCAAGACGUGACUGAAGAAGAGAAGGAGGUCUUGCGUAACUGCUCGGAGCUGGUGAAGGAAGUGAAGCAGAGGCUGGCGAGGCGGCAGCGGCUGAAGGACCGGCUGCAGGAGCUGGAGGACGCCCCGUGCGUGCUGGGGGAGAAGUGUGGGGAGCUGGCGGCAGCCGUGGCCACGGCUCACCGCCUCGUGGUGUACACGGGCGCGGGCAUCAGCACGGCCGCCCGCAUCCCCGACUACCGCGGCUCCAACGGCAUCUGGACCCUCCUGCAGCAGGGCAAGGACGUGGGGCGCCACGACCUGACGCAGGCGGAGCCCACUCUCACCCACAUGGCGCUGGUGGCGCUGCACCGCGCGGGAGUCCUCAAGCACGUCGUGUCCCAGAACUGCGACGGCCUCCACCUGCGCAGCGGUCUGCCGCGCCAGGCUCUCUCCGAGGUCCACGGCAACAUGUACAUCGAGGUGUGCCGCAGCUGCAAGCCGGCGCGCGAGUACCUGCGCCUGUUCGACGUGACGGAACACACGGCCAGGUUCAGCCACCGCACGCGCCGGCGCUGCUACGUGUGCGCCACCCCGCUGGUGGACACCAUCGUGCACUUCGGGGAGCGCGGCACCCUGCAGUGGCCCCUCAACUGGUCCGGGGCCUGCCGGGCGGCCGACGGCGCGGACGUCAUCCUGUGCCUCGGCUCCAGCCUCAAGGUGCUGAAGAAGUACUCGUGGCUGUGGGGGAUGGACCGGCCGGUCAAGAAGAGACCCAAGCUGUACAUCGUGAACCUGCAGUGGACUCCCAAGGACGAACAAGCAGUUCUGAAGAUUAAUGGGAAAUGCGACGAGGUGAUGCGGCAGGUGAUGGAGCACCUGCAGAUCGCAGUUCCCUCGUACUCGCGCGAGGGUGACCCCAUAUUCACCCACACGACGGGGCUCCACCCCGCAGAGCUGCACACCACCUCCCACCCGCAGCUGGCCGGCCCGGACCCGGCGAAGCAGGAGCCCGUCGCGGGAGGGGGGUUCCACUUCGUCAGCGUGGAGUUGGACCAGAAGCCCGGGGCCCGGUUCGAGUGGAGCCGGCUGCUGGACCCGUUCCGCAGCGUGGCCGCCCGCGGCCUCGGGCCGGAGGAAACCAUCACGGGCGUGAGCUCCGUGUUCGACCGCCGGCCGGACUUGAGCGGCGAGGGCGGCCGCCGGUUCCUGUGCUGCCCCAACAAGCUGGUGAGCAGGUGCCAGUGCGACGUGGGGCCGUGCCACCAGGAGACGGCCCUCGACCUGACGGUGCGCGGGAGGGACGCGACCUGCCCCUUCUGCGUGUCGCGGCACGGCUCGGCCAGCUGCCUGUUCUACGUCCCCCGCCGCCCGGAGUUCAAGAUCCUGCUGCUGGGCUCGGACCCCGACGCCGCCAUCUGCGAGUGCUGCGACAGGGGCAGCGAGGAGGGGGAGACGGGGGCGGAGGACGAGGAGGACUCUGACGUGGCGGGCGAGGACCUCGUUCCCAAGCAGGACGACGAGUCGCCUCUCUGCAAGGUUCCCGCCGUCAACCCGGGCUGGUACGGCAAGGGCUGCCGCAAGAAGAUCAGGAGGAAAAGAGCCGAGUCGAGGGCAGUCCCUUGGUCUGGAAGGACCAACAGAAUCCCUCCUCUACAGAGGCAUGACCUCACAACAAAAUAAUGUAAAUAAUGUGUUCUAGCACUAUUUUGUGAGCUCUAGCUUUGCAAGGAAAAUUCUGAAUCAAUCUGUUUAGAGAUCUAUCAUGAGUGUUUGCUUUAAUAUUGCAUUGUGUGUUCAGCUUGAAAAAUAGGAACAAAAUAUUUUGUUUGGUUGGAAGGGCAAAUAAUAAUGCUUAACAUAAUAAAUUAGUUUUUAUUAUUUUUCUUUUUUUUUUUUUGCUCAGUUCUUAUACUUAAAUAAUUUAUUUGUAGGCACAAAGUUGCAGAAAGCUGGUGUAAGCAUUGUGUGUUAUUCAGUAAUUUCCUCAUUCUUGUAUCUCACUUAUACAUACAAAUCUAUAUAAAUAAUUUAUUUGUAGGCACAAAGUUGCAGAAAGCUAGGUGUAAACAUUGUUAUUCAGUAAUUUCCUCAUUCUUGUUUCUCACUUAUACAUACAAUGCUAUAUAAAUAAUUUAUUUGCAGGCACAAAGUUGCAGAAAGCUGGUGUAAGCAUUGUGUGUUAUUCAGUAAUUUCCUCAUUCUUGUAUCUCACUUAUACAUACAAAUCUAUAUAAAUAAUUUAUUUGUAGGCACAAAGUUGCAGAAAGCUAGGUGUAAACAUUGUUAUCCAGUAAUUUCCUCAUUCUUGUAUCUCACUUAUACAUACAAUACUUUAU